AUGCCAGCCUCGCUCGUUGAAUGGGCGCGGCAGAAGCUGUGGGUGGGGCGGGACAACCUGACAGCACUGGUGGACCCGCGGCUUGCAGACGAGUUCGACCCUCAUGAGGUGGAGGGGUUGGCAGAGCUAGCUCUUCGCUGCACUCAGUCGAAUCCGUCCAAGAGACCCACUAUGGAACAGGUGGUGGAGACACUCGGAUCCCUCAUGCCAUAA